UCAAGGCAAUUUUCUCGCGGUUUCUCUUGAUCCAAACAAAAAUGGAUGCUUUUUCUUCCUUCUUCGAGUCUCAAAAUGCAUCUCGAUGGAACUCUUUCAAGAACUUUAGCCAGAUCUCUCCCGUCGUGCAGUCUCAUCUUAAACAGGUUUAUCUCUCCUUAUGUUGUGCCCUUGUUGCAUCGGCCACUGGAGUCUACCUGCAUCUCCUCUGGAACAUUGGUGGUCUCCUUACAACUUUUGCAAUGCUGGGAUGCAUCUUUUGGCUGCUCUCAACCCCACCUUAUGAAGAGCGAAAGAGAGUUGGUCUACUGAUGGCAGCUGGCCUUUUUGAAGGGGCCUCAAUUGGUCCUUUGAUUGAUUUAGCCAUUCAGAUUGACCCAAGCAUUCUGAUCACAGCAUUUGUGGGAACUGGGUUAGCCUUUGCAUGUUUCUCAGUAGCAGCUAUGUUGGCAAAGCGAAGAGAAUAUCUUUAUCUUGGUGGCUUGCUUUCAUCAGGCCUGUCAAUGUUAUUCUGGUUGCAGUUUGCUUCCUCUAUCUUUGGGGGCUCAACAACUAUCUUCAAGUUUGAGCUGUACUUUGGGUUGUUGGUGUUUGUGGGAUACAUUGUGGUGGACACCCAGGAUAUAAUUGAGAAAGCUCACUUUGGCGAUCUGGACUAUGUGAAGCAUGCCCUGACCCUUUUCACUGACUUUGUUGCUGUUUUUGUCCGUAUUCUCAUUAUCAUGCUGAAAAAUGCCAGUGAGAAGAAUGAGAAGAAGAAGAAAAGAAGGGAUUGA